AUGGAUCGCAUCAACUCGACCCAUGAAGAGCUUGCGGGCACCAUUCGCCUGUUCGCGGACUCAGACUCGACAUCCUCGGACCAGCUCUUAUUGCUUCCGCAGCCCACCAAAUCACCCAAUGAUCCUCUGAAUUGGAGUUACUGGCGCCGAAUGUGGUCAGCCGCUUUGGUGUUGUACAUCACUGCUUUGACUGCGGCUACUUCCAACAGUGCUGGUGCGGCAGGUACGGCUCUAGUUGAUGAUUAUGGGAUUGGAUGGGGAGUUCAAAACACUGCUGCUGGUGUCUUGUUCUUGGGUAUUGGCUAUUCGUGCCUGGCUCUUUCUUCAGCGAAUUGGCUGUAUGGAAGACGCAUCUCUUACAUCGUCUGUCUGUGUGCAUCUAUCAUUGGCAGUGCCUGGUUCGCUCGAUCUGAUAGCAAGGCCGACACCAUUCUUUGCCAGCUGUUCUUGGGAAUUUCAGAGUCUGUUGCAGAGGCUACCGCACAACUCUCGUUGACGGAUGUCACUUUCCAGCAUCAGCGUGGUACCGUUCUGGGAUUCUACGUGCUGGCAACCUCCGUGGGAACUUUUCUUGGACCUAUGAUUUCUGGCUUCAUUGCUGACAGUCCGCUUGGUUGGCGCUGGAUGGGCUGGUUCGCUCUGAUCAUUUCUGGCUGCACUCUCAUCGUUUUCUAUUUUGGUCUGGAAGAGACGGCCUUCGAUCGUGAUAGUGUCUUGGACGGUCUGGCUACUGGACGAAGUUCUGCAGACACCGUGGACUCGGGUGAGAAGAAGACGGUCGCUGAUCCCACUUCUGUAAUCAUCGGCGACGAGACCAACAGCGACCACGUUCCCAGAAAGGGUAAUCUGAUCCCCAACGGCACCGACCUGGUUCCCAAAUCAUACUGGCAGCGCAUUGCUCUUAUUACGCCAUCGCCAACAUUGAUCGGAACCGGAUUCAAGCAAUACAUGCGACGCACAUUCCAUACCCUGCGCAUCUUCUACUUCCCAGCCGUCAUAUAUUCAGGCUUCCAAUGGGGCAUGCAAGAUGCCUUCCUCUCCUUCUACAUGACGGUCGAAGACGACAACUGGACCUCUGCACCCUACAACUACGGCGACCGCGCAGAUGCCAUCAUGUGCAUCCCCACUCUCAUCGGUGCUGUCAUCGGCUGUGUGUACGGAGGCUGGUUUUCAGAUGUAUUUGUGCGCUGGAUGGCCAAACGCCGCGGCAAUGUCUCUGAAGCUGAAGAUCGUCUGUGGCUUAUGUAUCUGCCUGCCAUCAUUUCCCCUAUCGGUCUUAUUCUGUUUGGCAUGGGAACUCAGCGCGUAUGGCCAUGGCCAGUCCCUUACGUCGCUCUGGGCUUCAUCGGCUUUGGCUUUGGGUGUGGAGGCGACUUGACCAUGGCAUACCUUAUGGACUGCUACCCUGACGCAGUGCUCGAGGGUAUGGUGGGAGUAGCCGUGUACAACAAUUCUCUGGCUUGCAUCUUUACGUUCGUGUGUUCGAUUUGGCUGGAUGCUCAUUCUUUGACUCAGGUGUUUGUUACACUGGGUUGUGUCAGCUUUGGAGUCAUGUUUGUUGGCACGAUUUUGAUGAUGUCGUUUGGCAAGAAGACCAGAAGGUGGACGGCGGGCAAGUAUCAGGAGUUCCUCUAUAUCAGAGGUAAUGUGUAG